GGGACAGGCAUUGAAUCUCACGUGCACCACGUUGACCAGCCCUGCUGCCCCUCACUUGCCCUCAAGAUGAAUGCCUCAUGGCCCACACGGCAAGAGUCUAGGGAGACACAGACAAAGACAGCCAGGCAUCAGCCCUCGUGAUAGCCUGGAAUGAAAGCCUGCGGUGCGUCCUCCGAACUCACCUCUCCGACCGUCAUGUUCCUCGCCGUCUCUUGACCAUCAAGCAACCCUUGUUUCGAGGCCAUCAUGGCAGGCGAAUACGAUGCCAUUCUCCUUCGCUCAUGUAUGUGAUCUUUUAGAUCAGCUGCAGCAGCAGCAGCAGCAGCAGCAACAGCAGUCUGGCGACAGAAAUGUCACUCGUAGAAUCAUCUCCUCCUGGUUCGCCAAACAUCGGCAUGCCAUCAAACAGACCCCUGCUACUGCGGCAGCCCUUUUUUCAACGUUGCUGCCCGAUACUCGAACCGAUCGCGUGUAUGGAAUUCAAGCUCCAUCGCUACAGAGAAUUGUUGGUCGAGCCCUCUGUCUUGGAAGCUCUCGGUUUGCCCAUCUGCGUCGCUAUGAGAACCCUGGGAGUGGCGAGGACUUGGCCGACUGCGUAGCAGGCAUUCUCACGGAGACUCCCAACCCCGUCAGUAAACUAGACCAGGUCACGGUGGAGGAGAUUGAUGCUCUGCUCAACGGGCUCGCUGCGAACUGCAGAUUCAGCUCUCAUACUGUCCGUCAAUCCCACCGGAACACAGGUUGUGAGAACAAAGAGACACUCGGCGAGCUUUACCGCCAAGUGCAUGCUCGAGAGGCCAAGUGGUUGACUCGCAUCAUUCUGAAGCAAAUCCAGCUCACCGCUCUCGACCCCAGCAUCGUCUAUGGAUCCUAUGACGCCCGUCUUCCAUUCGUCGCCAGGGUUCAAGAGAGCUUUGAAGUUGCUCUCACAUCCUUGCGGGAACUGAGGGCAUCAAAUCCGCUCGGUAUCGGUACACAGAACUUGGUUCAUGUCAUCAAGCCAAUUCUCGGGACCAAGGUUGGUCGACAAACCUGGUUGAAGGGCAGGAGUAUCAAACAUUGCAUCGGCCUCCAUCCCAAGCGAGUCAGCUGUGAGAAGAAAAUGGACGGCGAGUACUGCCAAGUGCACGUCGAUCUGAGCAAGGGAUCCAGAAGCGUUCAGAUCUUCUCGAAGAGCGGCAAGGAUAGCACACAAGACCGAGCGGUAGCAAGCCGAAGAUAUCUCAAGGGAGGGUCGGAUACUCCCUUUUCACAAAAUACGCAAAUAUGUCUUGAGGUCAGGCGUUCCUCUGGGCACUCAAAAAGACUCUCCUCUCUACUGGGAAUCCGUCAAACAGACAGGUUCAACCGACUCAGAGAGCUUAUCAUGUGUCGCACCGGACAUGCUGAGUUGGUCCACAGACAGGUGAUUGAUCUUAGCCUACGUCAAGGUGCUUCAGAUCUCCGGCGAGCCUUCGCAGAAUCCAUUACUCAUCGGGAGGAGGGCCUGGUACUGAAGCCAGAUGAUCCAUACUUUGACUUUAGCAAGGAUAAGCGUUCGUUCGCUGGUUGUCCGAUCAAGUUGAAGAAGGAGUAUAUCGGAAAUUUUGGAGACGUGGGAGACUUUGCCGUGAUCGGGGCUCGAUACGACCCUGUGAAGGCACAAGAGUACAAUGUUCCCGGCCUGAAGUGGACACACUUCUACUACGGCUGUCUUACCAAUAAGGAGGACGUUCAGCGGCAUCAAACCAAGCCUAAAUUCAUGGUGGUUGACACAGUUGAGGUAAAUACGACAAUGAUGAAGACUGUCCUCAUCCAUGGCAACACGCUCGAGAUUCCCUUUCUCGAGAACGCCUGCUUGGAAUUGCAAAUCCCUCCUCGAAUAGCUAGCGACAAACUCCCGACGGUCAUUUUCCGGGAGCCCCUUGUCUUUGACAUAAGAUGCUUCUCUUUUGACAAACCUGGGAACACGGGGUUCUGGAUACCCCGCUUCCCACAGGUUUCGAAAGUGCACUUCGACCGAACGUUCAUGGACACAAUGACUUUCAUUGAGCUACAGGCUGCUGCAGAGGAGGCCAAGAAUAUGCCCAUCAUGGAGGAUAGCCAGGAGCUGCUCCAUUGGAUUAGCCUCCUGGAGGGCGCUGAUCCUCGAGGUGUUGCAGUCGAUGCCUUGACUCAGUCGACGGUAACAUCUUUGUUAACACCCUCCCCCAGACGACAGUCCAGAACAUCUCAACUCUCGAGCAUUGCGUCUCCUAACAACACCCCCACAAAGCUAUGCCGGGCCCCAAGUAUUGCGCUCUUCACAAUUUCAGCUUCAUCAGAAGCGGCGGAACCCCAACAUCCCAACACGCAGCCAUGCUCCACUCGAGAAUCAAAUCUACGGCAACAGAUCCAGGAAGCCGAGGGCCUCAAGAGAGGCAGCACUGAGGAUUGUGUGAAUCGAGCAGAUAACAAGCGACCGAGGCGCAAUACAUUGUCAGCCUCUGCAUUUUCUGAACACUUGCAUUGGUCACGGACUCGUCCGGCAUCACCUCAAUGCAAUUCGUCAACACGGCAACCACUUUCAAACGUUUGCAACAACUCGUCGCCAGUUGGUAUCACAUCAUCUCAGUCAUUUUCCCUGGACAGCCCGACCAAACAGAAGCAAUCUGCUAGGAGUAGCUACAUCGCACCAUCGUCAUUCCCCGUCAUGACUAGGAGGGAGAUUGAUUCAUCUCGGAACCUUGUGUCUUCAACUUCAUCGGUGAGGGCGGCGACGCUCUAUAACCCUUCCGCCACAGAUGGUUCAUGUCAGAUCGCAGGCCACCGUUGCAAGAUGAGGAAUCGUGAAAUUCUCUUGGCUCCCUGCAUCGCAAACCAACUUCUUGUCACCGAGAGUAUAUUGCCGGCGCAUGGCAUCAAGUCAUGGGUGACCGAUCCUGAAAACUGGCGCCAGAGCGAGUUGAGCCAUGUACGAGACGGUGCAUUGCGUGGGGUUAUAUCACCGCCUCGCCGACGCAGGAAGGUUUGUUUCGUCGAGCGAAGGCGUGUGGAAGCCACACGCCACCUUGUGAAGCAGAUUCAAGCAUUGGACUUACGACUACCUGAUGGCGAACGCGAGUCGGUCGAAAUGUACGACUGGCGGGUGCUGGAAGACAUUGACCAAUACGAGAAGUCAUCCAGGGGUUCAUCGCCGGCAUCAGCAAAGUCUAACCCAUGGAAGAAAUGGUGGGUGGGGUUGGUAUAG